AUGGCUAAUCAAAGACCACCACCACCACCACCACCAUCACCACCACGGAACUCGAGGCUAGUGAGAUGCAUCGCAAUGGUGUUGAUAGCCUGGAUUAUACUGAAUUCCUUGAUUGUCCUCGUCACAUGGCUAUCAGUCCGGCCAAAGAAACUCAAAUACUCCAUUGAAGAUGGCUCAGUAAGUGGCUACAAUUUGUCCAAUGACCACCUCAAUGCAACCUUCCACCUCCUGCUGCUUGCAAAUAACCCCAACAAAAGGAUUUCUGUGUACUACGACAAUAUUGAAGUAUCACUGUUGUACGAGGAUCAGACACUGUCUGUCAACAACGUUAAUCCAUUUUAUCAGCCACGGAAAAAUGUGACACGCCUGAACGUAAAUUUGGAGGCGAAAGAUGUGACACUUCAUGGGGCAGUGGCUACUGACUUGAAAAUGGAGAGGGGCUCUGGGAAUGUGGAUUUGAAUGUUAAGUUAAGGGCGAAAAUCAGGUUGAAGGUUGGAAUACUUAAAAUUCAUCGCAUUUUCAAGUUUAAGUGUGGUCCUUUGGCUGUGCCAUUUUCUUCAUCGAAGGAGUUCAAGAGGGUUUCUUGUGAUGUAGAUUAA